AUGCCAGGGUAUGGAAAAGUAAUUCUUUAUCAAUCAGAUGCGACAGUCAAUGAGGUACAGGACCCACAAUUCUCAUGGACGCAUACGCAAACCGACACGCAGAGCUUCGAUGAUUUCCUGCGCUUUGCAUCAAAUGUGCCGAAUCUGGAUGAUGAAAACAGGGCUCUUGUCGUAUUGCUCCUGAAGCGAGCACAGAAGAAUCUCACCGGGUCAAGUGAGCCACACUGCGUGAUGCGCCUCUUGCAGUAUUAUUACAACUUGGAGUCUACCCGGAACCGUGACAUGCAGCAAGUGAUCCGAAAACUAGGAGGGUUUCCAAAAGGUCAUAUUGUUCAUGUCUCAGAACUAUGGGCAGUGAUCGUCAACUUCCAAUUUGUCAUUACCAGUGCACCCAUCCCUCUUAUGGAUGGAGCGAGUCCCUCUUUGGAGAUCAUAAGCCCAUCAAAGACCCAGUCAUCGUCGCCAUCCAAUAUUUGUGUCAUCAACCCUGACCAGCGUGUGUUCUUCUUUCCUAUGGAGCAGUGCAAAACGUUCUUUGCGAUGCGAGACAAGAUUUUCAGAUACUGUCUACCGCAGAUCGAAGGCCACAAUCAUGGCAACCACCUUGAUAAAAACCAUAUGCAUGGGCGUACCAAUGAAGACCGUCCGUACGAGUCUCGCGGGUAUGAGCCUCGCGGGUAUGAACCUCGUGGGUAUGAACCUCGCGGGUAUGAACCUCGUGGGUAUGAACCUCGUGGGUAUGAACCUCGUGGGUAUGAACCUCGCGGGUAUGAGCCUCGUGUAUAUGAAUCCCGUGGGUAUGAACCUCGUGUAUAUGAACCUCGCGGGUAUGAACCUCGCGGGUAUGAACCUCGUGAGUAUGAGCCUCGUGGGUAUGAACCUCGCGGGUAUGAGCCUCGUGUAUAUGAAUCCCGUGGGUACCAGGACCAUCGCUACAGAGGGUCUGAGUAUGAAGAUCGCGUGUAUGGAGGCCACGGGGAUGAAGGCCGUGAGUUCAAAAUGUUCACGGAAGACAAGGUUCUGAUCAGAGCAGAGGAUUGGAUCAAAUUAACAAACUCAUGCGCAUCGGCCCUUCUUCGCAUUCACAUUCAGACCAUUAUACCGGAGAGCUCAGCAGAGCGCCGAGGCAAAAAGAAAGAAGGGAAAAAGCGCAGAAACCCAGGCUUUUUCGAGGGCUCGUCUAAAGCAGAGGGAGGCGAGCUUAAUCAAUCUGUGACAGAUAAACAGGAUCAAACCGAGAACAAUCUUGAUCCACCUGAGACAGAUGAACAAGUUCAACCGGAGAUAGAUGAAGAUGGACGAGAUUUGCACAAGACAGAGGAACCCACUGAUGAUUCCCAAUCGGAUUGGGAUUACCAAUAUAGGAAGUCAUAUGAGGCAGGCUAUACAGCAGCUAGGCAUCACUCGCAACGGCACGCCAGCAUGCAAUCUCUUACAUCUAGCCCUGGUGUAGUAAUCAACCAAAGACCUCCAGGUGAUGAUGAGACAUCCGCUUCUCCGAAAAUUUACUUCGAACCAACCAAGCCCCUCCUAUCAUAUAAUACCAACUCUGCUGAGCAAAGUAUUCUGCCCAAGCCAGCAGAUGUGGAAGGCAAGGCUGAUUAUGGUCGCCGUUGUACGAAAUCCGAAUCCUUAGACGGAAAUUCAUCUCCCUCUGCCCCUCCUCAUCCACCCACCAUCAACUUGGAAUUCCCGCCAGUCUUUACUUGGCAAACAAGGAAAAGCCACACCAGUCUCGACAAUCCCAGCCCGAAUCAUCUGAAGUCAGAUGUUCCGUCUCCAAAUGAGCCGCCCGAACCUUUGAGCAUGGAUGAAGAGACAAUCAAGCACGUCUCGUCACAUAUCAAUAAUGAGCUCCUCGAGCCAACCAAUAGAUUUGGACAGAAAAUUUACAGACAAGCAACAACAAGGUCCUAUUUUGACGUGGACUGGGCUAUCACACAAAGAUACGCCGUUUCUCUUCCAACAUUGAUUGCGGAACAUGCUGAGACUGCCCCCGACUCACUCUCACCAGAAGCAGCAUCCUUGAAAGAUGUUGUAAUUCGGCUAUGUCGACUUUUCAGCUUCUUCGCACCGCUUUCAUAUCCGUGUGCUGUCAGCGACAAGUUCUGGGGAGCAGUCCACGAUCUCCUUACCACCAUCCCCCAAUAUUGGGAUGAACCCAACAUGCAAGAAGCAGGCAACAGAACGGGUCAUCACCGGAUGCCGGAAACCUUCUUUGUAGCCAACCCCGGCAACACUAAUUACGCUGACAAUCAAAACAACAGCGACUUGGAUGAGCUGGCCUUGCGCGUCGGGGAUUGCUCAAAAUGUGCUGCAUCCCGGCAAUACUCUACUCGAUCGGAUGCUGUGGACCAUCUAUUUACUCACGUUUCCGCCGCUUUCCCCAAACAACGCUCAGUGAAGAGCUCGCAAGCACGAUGGGUGAUGGAUUUUGGAGAGUACAUGACACACGUAUGUCGGAAUGAUGACCGGAUAAUAAUUGGGGAGUUACACGACUUUCUGAGGAGCUUAGAAAGAAUGGCAGCUCAGAUCCAGCAUGGAGUGUCAGCUAAUGGAGAGUUUGACCGAGAGACCUACCGCAUCCCAUCAAGCUUGGUUGAUGCCUUUCAAUAUGUCCUGAUGAUGGUCGUGAAAAGCGCAUAUCUCGUGAAAAGUUCUCAUAAGAAGCGAGAAAUUUACACAGGUCCGAGCCCUGCGUCGACCUUCUUGGUUUCAUCAGAGGUAGAUGGGGUCGCGGAUGCUGGGACAGAGGCAGAGACGUCUAUGGAAAGCGCCAUGAGAGACAUUGUCUUGAUGACCUACACCGACGAGCUAGCCGAUGUUGUGACCUACGAAGCCGUGGGCCCCGGAUUAGUCCUUGCCGUUAUUAUGGGAGACGUCCGCUCCAGAGACUCGCAAAGCAAUCCGGUCAACUUGCUUGAGAUCUACCGUGAAUACGUCCGCACCCUGGUCAGCAUCCCUUUCUCAGUGCCUGCUACUAAGCUCUAUGUUACUAAUCAGUCUGUACUUUCUCAGCAAUUCAAAGUCACUCAAAAUCCCCACCGACGCCUACUGCAAGAAAUAUAUCUCGUUCGUGAGGAGCUAGAAAUAAUCCAAAAAGCAUCCGAGAGACAGCGCCUUGUCCUUGCAAAUUACCUGAGCAUCUUGAAUCCACGUUCUUUCCGCAUAACGACAGAGUCCCGGAUCUCCUCAUUUGGGCUCGAAAAAGCACGGGUGAACAAGCUCCUCAACCAGCUCAACACCGAGCUUGGGGGAAUCUCACUGCUUAACGUGAAGCUUGACUCAUUGGCCAGCCAGACGCGCAGCGGGGUAGAUGUGCGACAAGAGGACCAGGGAAAGGCCAUCCUCGUCUUCACCAUUGUGACUGUUGUGUUUAUGCCCUUGUCGUUUGUGACCAGCUAUCUCGGCAUGAACACUAAUGACAUCCGCAAUAUGGCCAGCUCGCAGACGCUGUUUUGGACAAUCUCCGCUCCGCUAACGGUGGGUAUUAUUACGAUUGUCUUGGCAGUUGCAUUUCAAAUAGACCGGAUACGAGAGUUUUUCGACGCUUUUUGGGCGUAUGAUUCUUCGCUAGUGGCGAGAUCUGGCUCGGGCGCUUUGCGUCGGGAUGGGACGGAAAAUCACAAUGAGAAGCUAUCUAGAUUGUCAACACCCAAUAAUUGGGUUAUAAAAAGCUGGCCCGGAGGAAGGAAGACCGAGCACGACAGUUCAAUGGGCGUUUAG